CAACAGUCAGUGAACGUGCAUGUAGCGGCCAUAUUGGCUGCGCGUUUUACGGUACAAAUCAAACCGUGUCGUUAGUUCGGUGCAUCCAGCCGGGACUCGGUCCGCUGGAGUCAGACGAACAACACAACACGACCAGCCGACAAUGGCGCAUCUAAGUCAAAACCCCGCCGAUAAAGAGAGGUUCAUCUGCCUCUAUCCGGUUUACAUCAACAGUAAGAAGACGCUGGCUGAAGGACGAAGGAUCCCUUCAGAGAAGGCUGUGGAGAAUCCGUCCUGCGCUGAGAUGAGAGACGUCCUGACGGCUGCAGGGAUGAACGUCUACGUGGAGAACAAAAUGCAUCCCAGGGAGUGGAACAGGGAGUUCAGAGGUCGGGUCAGAGUUCAGAUAAAGGAAGCUGACGGCAGCUUCUGUCUGGAGAAAUUCAGCUCCCGUAAAGACGUGAUGUUUUACGUCGCAGAGAUGAUCCCGAAACUAAAGACUCGGACCCAGAAGAGCGGAGGAGGAGACACCAGCUCUCAGCAGGGAGAGGGAGGCAAGAAGAGCAAGAAGAAGAAGAAAUAGACGAGGACGAAGAGAUGACCUGUUUUUAUUUUCAUGUCUUUUUUUUUUUUUUUAAAGCUUCUUGUUUUGGGUGGAUUGAUUGUUUAGAUCAAACCCUGAACUGACACUCAAGCUAGUUUUGUGGGUUUAUUGUUGAAGAUUUAAGGCGACCUCGGACACUCAUCAUGUAGUUUACUAAAGAGAAAGGAACUCAUCUCUGUUUCAUUUCAAAGUCUCAAGGUUUAAACCCAGAAACAGUUCAAUUCAGAGUUGGAAGGGGGGAAAACGUGUGAAGUGAUGGAGGAAGGUGAACGUCUUUAUGUUUCACAUUUUGUCAACUUCACUGUCUGUUUGGAGGAAAAGACGAAUAAAAUGCUCAUUUUCUCA